AUGGCCACUCGACUGGUUUUCUUAACAGAAAGUCUGACACUAUUUUGCAUUCCUGUGUCCAUAGAUGCGUUCGAAGAUGCUGGCGACAAAAACGGCGCAUCUUCAGAAGAAAAGGUGCACGUUCGGGUACAGCAACGAAACGGUCGCAAAUGUAUUACAACUGUCGCAGGACUAGCGGAUGAUUUGGACGUCAAGCGAAUUUGCAAGGCUUUCAAAAAGAACUUUUCUUGCAAUGGUGCCGUGCAAAGGGAUGAAGAGGCGGGUGAAGUUAUCCAGUUGAGUGGAGACCAACGAACGAAUGUCAAGAGCUUUUUGGUAGAUCAGGAGAUAUGCCACGGUGAAAGUGUUGUGCUCCAUGGUUUUUAA